GAUGGACACCUUGAUGACCACUUCUACCCUGCCUCCCCUUUUUGCAGAUGAGGAUGGCUGCAAGGAGAGUAACGAUCUGGCCACAACUGGGUUAACCCAUCCAGAGGUACCUUAUAACAGUGGAUCUACAUCAUCUACCAAUAAUCCAGAAUUUGUGGAGGAUCUCUCCCAAGGACAAUUGCUUCAAAAUGAGUCUUCAAAUACAGCAGAAAACAGUGAACCGAGGCAUGAAGAUGAACAAAGAAGUAAACGUGGAGGAUGGUCCAAAGGUAGAAAGAGAAAGAAACCUCUUCGAGACAGCAAUGCACCCAAGUCCCCUCUUACUGGCUAUGUUCGGUUCAUGAAUGAACGUCGAGAACAGCUUCGAGCAAAACGACCUGAAGUCCCAUUUCCAGAAAUCACAAGGAUGUUAGGCAAUGAAUGGAGUAAACUUCCUCCUGAGGAAAAGCAGCGCUACCUUGAUGAAGCAGACAGAGAUAAAGAGCGUUACAUGAAGGAACUGGAGCAGUAUCAAAAGACUGAGGCAUACAAGGUCUUCAGUAGGAAAACCCAGGACCGUCAGAAAGGCAAAUCUCAUAGGCAAGAUGCAGCCAGGCAGACCACUCAUGAUCAUGAGAAAGAGGCAGAAGUAAAGGAACGAUCUGUUUUUGACAUCCCAAUAUUUACAGAGGAAUUCCUGAACCACAGCAAAGCGCGGGAGGCCGAACUCCGCCAGCUUCGCAAGUCCAACAUGGAGUUCGAGGAGAGGAACGCAGCCCUGCAGAAGCACGUGGAAAGUAUGCGCACUGCCGUGGAGAAGCUGGAGGUGGAUGUGAUCCAGGAGCGCAGCCGCAACACGGUCUUACAGCAGCACCUGGAGACACUACGGCAGGUACUGAGCAGCAGCUUCGCCAGCAUGCCCUUGCCAGGAAGUGGAGAGACACCAACAGUGGACACCAUUGACUCAUAUAUGAACAGACUGCACAGUAUUAUUUUAGCAAAUCCCCAAGACAAUGAAAACUUCAUAGCUACGGUUCGAGAAGUUGUGAAUAGACUUGAUCGUUAAGGAUGCCCCACCUUUCACCCAAUCCUACAGGUCUUAGAAUUCCAAGAUGUUCUGUUGGUGGGUUUGCUUAUGAGGAAUGAGAAGCCAUCCUUGGAAAUUUGGACUAAGCCAAGGCAGAGUGGCAGUACGGAUGAUUCUGCUUGCGAAAGAGUCACCAGUUUGGGAGCUAAAGGAAUUCACCCCUGGAAGCCAUCUGAAGAGCUACAAAAGGAGCAUGCUUAGGAUCUUCCUUUGGGACAGUUCUUGUGGAGCUCUCAAGGGUACUGCCCCUCUGCCAGCUCUCUGGAUUCCUCUGUCCUGUGUACUGCGGCUAGGGAACUCCCAGACUGACACCGCAGCCCAGGGGAGGCCUUCUCGUCGCCCUCAUUUUCAUGGAACUUUUCAGCAGCGGCGCUCCAGUUUUCUUACCUAGUUGUCCCCACUCCAUUUCAAAAAUGCCUUUGGGUGCUAUUUCUAUUUUCUUCUCUCUCACCCCACCUCCACCAAGUUAGACAUCACCAUUCUCUUACCUCUGGCCUUUUAGCCCAGCUAUGAUCUGAAGGAGAACUCACUAGACAGGCGUAGUUGUCUUCCCCCUUCACCUGUGGCGCAGCGCUGUGAGAGCCACCUGGCCCCGUGGCACCACCUGCUGCUUGCUGGGCCACCAUUCACAGCCAGGCCCUGCAAGUCUGAUCCCAGCUGUUGGCAGUCUUCUGGAGGUUUUUGUUUUUUUUUUUUUUUUUUUUUCUUUCUGAGAGAAAGGUCAACAGUAAACAAGAACAGGAAGAAUCAUUUUUCUUUUGGUGUUGGGGGCAAGGUCCCCAAAGUUUGUCCUGACUAAAGCAAUUCUUGUCCCUCUUCAUGGUCAUAGAAAGGGAGGUGGAAGUGCCAUGCAGGAUAGCCAUCUUGAGCUGACGGAAGUGGCACAAGCAAAUUCGCCUUUGUCUUCCUUCUGUAUCAGAACUGUAGAAUCUGUUUCCACAAGGCAGCCCCACCACUCCUUUGUCAGUGAAGUUUCCUAACACCAAGAGCAAAAGGGGGAUUCUGUUUCUCACCUCAGGGUUGGGGUGGAUUUGAGGCCCUAGAGCAUAAGGCUGCCACUUAGAGCGGAGAUCUUUGGAACAAAAGCAGGGCAUGCUGAGCCCCUUGUCCAGGCAUUGCGCCACUGAAGCAGGUGGCAGCUUGCCCCUCACAAUAUGCUCAGAAGCGAGGGUGUGCGCCAGGAACCUCGCUGUGCUGCUACACCACCAUCCUGUCUUUUCAGCAUCUCCUCGCCCCAUUUCUUUAUUAACCCAAAGGAAACAAACAACAGAACGACCUUUUUAUAUGUAAUAUGUGAUCACACAUCAAAUUUGCUUGCACGAAAGCCCACGCACCACCACUUGGCAAUUGUAUGAAGUGCCCAUCAUUGUCUGUUACCAUAAGCCUUGCCAGCUCACCUGCUUCUCUGUGUUUUCCGGUUUCUCUAGUCUCCCCCUGUUCCUGUCACUUCUCACAGUCCGCUGAGUCCAAGCUGGAACAUGCUGUCUCUGGCAGAAGGACAUUGAUGCCAGCCAGCUCUGAAAGUUUGAUCGGCCUGCAGCCAGACACUUUCUCGCCUCUCUUCCUUCCUCCAAUCUUUCUCCUGAGUUAUAGUUUUCUGCAGCUUUAUUAACAGUGCUGUUGACCAAGAAAGGCUGAAAUAUGGUCCAAAGAUAAUCAUCCUCCUGUUUCUAGGUAAAACAGCCAACACUUGCUGGUAAUGUUCACAUAUUUAGCAUUUUGCAAGACCUCCAGGGAUCCUGUGGACAAACCAUUUACACCCCCAAGUGAAAUACUGGUUCCUCCAGUACCAACAAACCAGACUCAAGGGAGGCUCGGAUUUAGGGCUACAAAACUGUCAGAUUCUGUACCAGAAACCUGUAUGUGCUGUGUGUGUGUCGGUUGUGUGUGACCCUGUCCCAUGCCCAGUCAGGAGGUAAAACAGGAAUUUCCAAGUCCAUUCAUGCUUCCUAGUUAUCUUGUAGAUAUUACUACACUUAAAUAUUCUACAGAAAUAAGUUGUUGCCUAUUCAGUGUUACAGAUGUCUUUAUUUUAAAGCAAGGAACAGCUAAGGAGUUUUAUUUCUGACAAAAUAGAAUUUGGAGGUUGAUGGGGAAUGUGUUUGAGCUGUUGAAAUGCCAAGUUUUCUGUACAAGUGUUUUUGUAAUAAAACUUUUUAGAUUUUCUUUGUAUUUUAAGAAGUCAAUAUGCUUGCUUGACAUUUGCCUCAUUAAACUUUCCUAUGUUGAAUCCA